CUGGUUUCGAGUAAGUCCGUUAAUAUUAUAAUCUGUCUUACACUAUAAGUGAGGUGUUGUUUUGUGUCUGUGUCUUUGAUACUUUGGGCUUUGCUCUUUCUCUUUAUCUCUCUCAGUCGUCGCUCUCCCUCUCAUCUUCAUCUUCAUUAUUCUCAUUCAAUUUAUCUUCUCUUUCUUUCUCUCUGUCUAUCUUAUAUAAAAAAAGAAGGGUUCGCUUCCAUUUUCUUUGCUUUCAACCACACCCUAUAUGUCAUCCAUUUUUUGCUAGUUAGUUAUUCAAUCGCUUACUGCAAAUUUUUAUUUUACCUGUGUCUGUCUUGGUGUCUUCUUAUAUUAUUUUUAUCUCUCCUCUUUUAACUUUGUUAUUUAACCGUUAAUUUUUGAGAAAGUUAUCUUAAUUCCUUAACUAUCAAAAUGCGUGAAUGUAUCUCAAUCCAUGUUGGUCAAGCUGGUGUCCAAAUGGGCAAUGCUUGCUGGGAAUUAUACUGUCUCGAACACGGUAUUCAACCUGAUGGUCAAAUGCCUAGUGAUAAGACCAUUGGAGGUGGUGAUGAUUCGUUUAACACCUUCUUCUCUGAGACUGGCUCUGGUAAACAUGUACCCCGGGCUGUAUACGUGGACUUAGAACCAACUGUAGUUGAUGAGGUUAGAACUGGUACCUACCGGCAAUUAUUCCAUCCGGAACAAUUGAUUACUGGUAAAGAAGAUGCUGCCAAUAACUAUGCUCGUGGCCACUAUACAAUUGGCAAAGAAAUUGUCGACUUGGUUCUUGACCGUAUCAGGAAACUUUCAGAUCAAUGUACCGGUCUUCAAGGUUUCUUGAUUUUCCAUAGUUUUGGAGGUGGAACUGGAUCUGGUUUUACUUCACUUCUUAUGGAACGUUUAUCCGUUGAUUAUGGGAAAAAAUCUAAAUUGGAAUUCGCUAUUUACCCCGCCCCCCAAGUGUCUACUGCUGUCGUUGAACCUUAUAAUAGCAUUUUAACUACUCACACAACUCUUGAGCACUCUGAUUGUGCUUUCAUGGUAGAUAACGAGGCUAUCUAUGAUAUCUGCCGGCGAAAUCUUGAUAUUGAGCGGCCAACUUAUACUAAUCUCAACCGCCUUAUUGGCCAAAUUGUUUCAUCAAUCACAGCAUCCCUCCGAUUCGAUGGCGCAUUGAAUGUUGAUCUGACUGAAUUUCAGACUAAUCUUGUCCCCUACCCUCGUAUUCAUUUCCCCUUAGUUACUUAUGCUCCUGUUAUCUCUGCUGAAAAAGCUUACCAUGAGCAGUUAACUGUUUCUGAAAUAACAAAUGCUUGCUUCGAACCAGCUAAUCAAAUGGUUAAAUGUGACCCUCGACAUGGAAAAUAUAUGGCUUGUUGUCUUCUCUACCGAGGAGAUGUUGUUCCUAAAGAUGUUAAUGCUGCCAUUGCUGCUAUUAAGACAAAGAGGAGUAUCCAAUUCGUUGACUGGUGCCCAACAGGUUUUAAGGUUGGAAUAAACUAUCAACCUCCAACUGUUGUUCCUGGAGGAGAUUUAGCCAAAGUUCAACGAGCAGUAUGUAUGCUUUCCAAUACCACAGCUAUUGCUGAAGCUUGGGCUCGACUUGAUCACAAGUUUGACUUGAUGUACGCAAAGAGAGCUUUCGUUCACUGGUACGUCGGUGAAGGUAUGGAGGAAGGAGAAUUCUCUGAAGCUCGAGAAGAUCUUGCCGCUCUUGAAAAAGAUUACGAAGAAGUGGGCCUCGACUCUAACGAAGCCGGUGACGAUGAGGGUGGCGACGAAUACUAAUUGAAAAUUCAUCGUCAAAAACAAAAAAAAAUUCACCAAUUCAUCCAAUAACAUAAAAGCAGAAACAAAAACUUAACACCAUUGUUAUUAAAAGCCAUCCCUCAGCACAUACAUAUACAGUAUAAAAAGACAUUGAAGACACCUUCAGCGUGGGCCAUUUGGUUUUAAAUGAAAUGAUUUGUAUUCUCCAAAUAAGGGGAUUAAAUUACUAAAUAAAUUGUAAACUUAGAUUGAAA